AUAUUUUACGAUUUGACAAAAUAAAUUUUCAACGAAAUGUGAAUCGUUUAUACAAAGUUGCAUAUCGAUCUCGUCUAUCUGAGAAAGUUAAACAGUAUAACAUUUCGCGCUUCGUUGAAUCAUAUUUGUGCAAUACGUGUAACUCAUUGCAAUUGAUUCGCACGCAGAUGGAAGGAAAGGUUUUGGUUAUGUUUGCACAAAAAUAAAUAAAUGAACAAUAAAACGUGACAAGACACGCUGAUUUGUUUGAAUUGCGAGAGUUUCACGUACUGCUGGCGAAAGAAUCGAAUAUAAAUGUAUAGUGGUAGCAAGUGUAUCAGCGUCCGCUAUAAGGAACGUCAAAACUAUGUCGCAGAAUUCUGAAAUGGGCCUCUUUGGCUCAAAGGACUCGAAUCGAGAACAAAAAGAAAAAUCUUCGAAGGAUAAUUCUCCAGCACAAUAUGCUCCGUAUGGCAGUGACAGCGAUACUGAAACUUAUGACACUGAAGCUCUGAGCAUGAUGGAUAUCAAUGACAUAAUUGGUGUGCAAUCAGGUGAACAAGUUGGUGACUCGACAUUGGAGAGUGAAAUUGCUGCACUUACACAGAUUAUCACAGAAACUAAGGAUUUGACUUCUCAGUUAAGGGAUCCAAGUACAGAAACAAAACAGAUUUCAUCUACAGCAUCAAGUUCUAUUUCUGAUUCUGUUUCUAUUGAAAAUAUAGAGAAAACUAGCAUUACUGAUGUUGAUGAUUCCAGUGUUAAAACAUCUGCUGAUAAUAUCCAAGAAAUGCAAACAGAGAGCACAUCUGAUCAUACUGAUAAAAAUGUGACAUGUGAAGAUAAAACUUCCAACAUAAGUAAUAAUGGAAUACUUGAUGAUACAUCUAUAGUUUGUACAUCAGAAUCGUCUUCCAAGGACUGUAAGUCAAAUACUGAAACUACUUCUGUAACUGUUAAGUCAGACAUUUCUCAGGAAGUUUCUCAAAGCCAGCUGCAAAAAGAUGCCAUCAAACAUGAGAGAGAUAUUGAGGAGAAAACUCAGUCUUUUGAAGAAACUGAGAUUCAAAAUGAAUCCACAAACAGUACACAACCUAUGAUAACAGUUAGCAGCAUCAGCAAAAGCUUGCAGUUAAUAGGAGAAGCAUAUAACUCUGAAGAUUCUGAGGAAACAGACAUAAAUGAUAAUGAUUCUCAUGUAUCUAAAGAUACUCCUUCAAUUUCUGUCUCUGAAGAAUCUUCAUUGUUCAGUAUUUCUAAGAAGUUACAAGAUGAGGAAAAUAAUUCUAAGGAAUCCAAUUUAUUGGGAGAAACUACAAAAUCUUCAGAGACAACAGAAGAUGUGAAUAUUGGAGAAGAAUCAAAUGUAAAAGUAGAAAACUUUGCUGAUAGUAAACUAGUAAGUUCAAGUGUAAAAGUUAAAGAAAUAGAAGAAUCCAAUCAAAAUGAAAUGUUGAAACAGGAAGAAGAACAAGAAUCAGUUUUAAAAGAAGAAGAAAACAAAGAUACUCCUGUGCUAAAUAAAGUCAUAGAAGAAUCUAUUGAUGAUGAGAAAACAAGCAUAUGCGAAGAAGAUAAAAACACAGAAAUAGAUAAAACAGAUACAGCUGUAAAAAAAUCAGUGCAAGAGCAUCAAACUUUUAUCAAAAGUAAAGAAACUGCAGAUAUGUCUGUUUCUUCCGCGUCGUCGGAGGAAAUAAUAAAAAAUACAGAAGAAAGUCAAGAUAUUAAAACUGAAAAUGUAUCAGAAUUAAAUGUGCUAACUACUCCUGAAACAGAGCAAAGUAAUUCUUCUAGCGAAAACAAAUUACCAGAUAAGAAAAGAAAACUAACUGAUGAUGAUUCUCUAGCUGAAGAUAAUAUAAAGGAACUUAUACAAUAUACACCUGAGUGCAAAGAUAGGGAUACUGUUUUAGAAUCUGCAAAUAAACAGGAUUUUAUAUCAUCUGAUACAUCUGAUAAGAAAGUAAAUAUGUCAGAAAUGAUAAGUAAGAGUGAUCAUUCUGAAGAAGCAAAUGGUGCUAGUAAAACCUCUCAGACGACACAGAAGAUUUCUCUGGAACAUGAUAAGACUAGUGGUAAGUUUGAUAAAAUUUGUCAUGAAAUUUUUACAGAAAUCUCGUCAAAAAUUACAGAUCGCAAAGAAACAAAUGAUACUUCUGCUAAUUCAGAUAAUGUGAAUUUGAGUAGUAUAAAAGAAAAGAAAAAAUUGACAUUAAUGGAUGAAAGCGUUGUUUUAACUACAUCAGAUACAACUAAUAAGGUAGUUUUAAAAGAAAAUACAUCAUUGAGUCAUCCAAAAAAAGAAAUAAGUGAAACAACCAGUGAGCAAUCUGCAAGUGAUCAUUUAGAGGAAGUAAAUUUACAUGUACACUCUGAUUUAGCGACACAGAGUGAUGUAAAAAGUCCAGUACCUACUGAUAAAGAGUCCAUAUCUAUCGAUGUUAAUUCUAUAAAAACAGCUACUUCCACAGAAGAAAAUGUGCUUACAGAAGCAGUUGAAAAAUUAGUUCAAAUUGUAGAAGACGAAUCUGUUUCAUCUGUGUCGGAAAAAGCUGAAGUAAUAAAAAAUCCAGUAUCUUAUGAACUUGAAGAGUCUUGUCCUGUUCCAUCAUUAAAUCAAGACUCAAAUAACACAACUGAAAAUAUAAAUAAGCCAUCACAUGAAACUGAAGAAAUUCAGGAGAUAAAAUUACCAGUUGAAGUCUUAACUUUGAACAUAGAUCAGGAUAAAAUACAACCAACCGAAAAUAAAGCAGAAGAACCAUUCAAUCAAUCCGAAUCGGAAAAAGAUGUCAAAAGUAAAGAAGUUGAUUCAGGCGCUAUGCAACUAGAAGAAGGUGUUGUAGAAAGUACCGCGCGGAAUUUAGAAGAAGAUAAAAUUAAGGAAAAUGUUACCGAGAUGUCAUCAGAUGAGACAGAAAUCAAAGAAAGCAAAACUCUUGCGUCAAGUUUAGAAGAAGAGAAAAAACCUCAAGAAGAAGAAAAAAUUAAAAAAUCUGAUGAAGACAUUGAAGAAAAAGAAAAUGAUGAAGCAAAAUUAAAAUUACGCGAUAAAAGUACCAAAAUACUGGAGAGAGGCUUGGGAGAAUCAGUCGAAUCAAGUGACGCAACGCCAAUAAUCGAAGAGAAAAAUAUGGAAUCAAUUAUAGAGGAAUCUUCUAAUGUCGAUUUAAAGGAUGUAAACUCGAGUAUCGCUAACAUCAUUGACAUUUCGUUAUUACAAGAAGACUUGAACGAAAGAGUGGAUUCCGAAAAGUUAACGGAGGGACUGUCUCAAGAUGCAGUGGAUAUGGACACCGAAAAUGUCGCACCAACUAUUGACUCUUUAGAAGGUCUUCUAGGUUCUUUUAUACCAAAUAAUGAAAAUUCAUUGAAAGAUAUGAAAUCUGAAGAUAAAAUUCCGAUAGAAGAAACAGUGAGCAAAGAUGUUGAUAUGGAUAUUUUAUUGGGUCAGGCAGAUCAGAGUGACGCAACUAUCACCCAAGAUUCAAGCUACAUUACAGACGUGAUUGCUGAUUGUUUGAGCAGAAAUGAUGAAAUAAAUGAAGGUGAUGUCAACAUACCGGUUAACGAUAAAAUCACUGAAAACGAAGAUAGCGAAUUAUUAAAAAUGAAUGAAGAUAUGAGUGCGGAGUCAGUAAAUGAAGCUGCUGAAAAGAUGGAGGAACCUCUUAUAACAAAUAGCGGUUUGCAACAAAACGAUUUAGAUAUAGAUUUCGAAAAUAAUCAGUUGGAAUCUGUCGAAGAACUGGAGGAAAGUGAAACCAAGCUGGAAUUGCCGCAAGACAUUUUGGAGGGCGUGAUGCCGAGAAGUAAUCGAGAGAACACUGAUACCCCGACUGUCAUCGAGAAUUCACAGUCAAGUUCGGAAAUAUCCGAGUUGGAAUCCGCAGUGAAAUUCUUGCAGGAAUCCGAGGAACAAAUAAUGGAUUCGCCGCUGGUUCUUUCGCCCAAGAUGGUAGACAGCGUCGUUGAUGAUAUAACAAAACAGGCUAAUGCGGAUCUUUAUGCAUCCGAUGAAACUGAUAAUUACGCUAACGUCGAAUCUGAAUUAGCUGAUCUGAGAGACGUCUCUGCUGCAGACUCCAUCUCUAUUUCCGAAGCCGAGAUCAUCUCGGAGGCUGCGAAGCUGGAGAGCGAACGAAAAUUCGCGGAACAGAUGCAGAACGCUUCUGAUACAGAUACGGAAGAGAAAAUGCCUGAAGAAAUAAACGAAGAAUUGAAUGAAGAUACGGAGAAUUGCACAUCAAAAACUUCGUCCGAAAUUGCUCCCAUCGAUAAUUCUCUGAAUGUACAAGCAGCGGAACAAUUGCAAGAAAAGAAACCUAUACCUGACAUCAGACUGUUAUCGAGUGAGAGUAUUCUGAAGACCGAACUGUUACUUCCAAGAACGUCGAUAUUGGAAGAACGAUUGAGAGAACCACCGAAGAUCGAGAUACCAGAUUCAGCAAAGGUAUUGGAAUCUUCUAUCAGUCCGAAUGAUAGCCUUCUCAUUCCGAAGGAUGCGAAAGCAAUGGCGAGGAUGUUGGAAUCACCGAAAUCGAUCGACAAGAUAGAAUUGAAGACCACUGACACACCACGUAAAGACUCCGAAAAAUACUCGGAAUUCGAGAAUGUUGGCUCGCCAAGAAUAAUUCUAAAGAUCGCUAAAUCCGCGAUUACUGAUUGCAGCGAGCCACGAUCGCCAAAGAGCCCGAAGAUCCGAUCGGCCACGAAUUCACCGAAUCCGGAGGAUAGUCCGGGUCAGAAGUUAGGGAAGAUCAAACUGAAACUAUCAAAAGGUGGCCAUCCUUCAAUAAUAUCUAAUGAGAAUGUAGAAGAGACAAGUCAGUGGCAUACCACUGACAGUUCGUCAGUAUCUCCCCUUGGAAUGAAAAUCAAGCUGUCAAAAUCCGGUGACGCUUCUAUCGUGAGUACAGAGAAACAUGACAAUUCAGAAGAUUCGAAGGAGACAAAGUAUAAAAUCGAAGAACCUAAAAGAACAGAUUCGCCAAUCGGUAUGAAAAUAAAAUUGUCCAAAUCAGGGGAUGCUUCGAUAAUAUCUGAUUCUAGACAGCAGGAUUCGAAGGAAGCUUUCGCAAAACACAAGGAAAAGCUCGAAAUACCGCAAGGAAGUCCAAAGAGAACUGAAUCUCCAAUCGGAAUGAAGAUUAAACUCUCUAAGACUGGCGAUGCUUCUAUCAUUCAGAAUGAUAGACAAGAUCAUCCUUCGGAAGAGCAUAAAGAGACCGCACCAAAACGAACUGAUUCCCCGAUUGGCAUGAAAAUUAAAUUGUCAAAGACUGGCGAUGCUUCUAUCGUGUCUCCGGAUAUCUCUGAAGAUACAAAAGACUCGUCUUCGAAGAAAGAGAAGCAAGAUUAUUCGGAACCGAAGAGAACGGAAUCUCCGAUUGGAAUGAAGAUAAAAUUAUGUAAGAACAAAGGUAGCGCGUCUAUUAUUUCUGUAGAUAAUAUUGAAGAUACGAGAGAGAAAAUUGAAGCAUCCGAUUCGUCUAAACGCACUGAAUCACCUCUCGGUAUGAAGAUAAAAUUAUCUAAAACAGGAGACGCGUCUAUUAUACAUUCUGAAGUUACAGAUGAUGUCAAAGAAACUAGAUACAAAGAAAAGUCUGAAAUAACUGAAGAUAGAGAAAAGACACCAGACUUUUCUGGAAUUAAGAUUAAGAUGCCGAAGGCGGUGGUGACGUCAACAUCGUCAGAUGCGUACGAGGAGCAGGACGUUCCUCAAGUUCCCGAAUCUUCUCUAACCAACAUUUUGAAGAUCAAGGUAUCUAAAUCUGGCGACGCUUCGGUAAUAUCCGAUAAAACGGAGUCAGCAAGUGAAGACUCGAAAUCACGGGAGGAUCAGACAGAAGCACCACAAAGAACAGAAUCUCCGCUUGGCAUGAAGAUCAAGCUGUCUAAAAGUGGCGACGCUUCGAUCAUACAAAACGAGGCUGUUACCGAAGAUCAAAAUAAGACCAUGCGUGUGUCCGAUGUGGAAUAUUCCAAAAGUGGCGAUUCAUCUAUCGGAAUGAAGAUCAAGCUGCUUAAGACAGGCGACGCUUCGGUGGUGGAAACACCGUCUUCUACAUCUUCUUGCGAGCGGAAGGAUAAACAACAGAAGCGCAGAGACGCUGCUGACUCGCCACUGGAGAUGAAGAUCAAAUUAUCGAAGACCGGACAUCCCACAAUCGUGACUUGUGACAGUCAUGAAUCUUCCAUACACAAAAAGGAUUCGGCAACUGUAGAUCCUGCUCUGAACUUUCCUCACAGAUACAUGGAUCACGUCGCGGUGCACAAAGAACCUCCAUUAAAGAUUCUUAAAACCGGCCAUCAUUCAUCUCUUUUGCAAAGCAACCGGUCUGAAGUAACAAUUGAACCGGUCCAAAUACAGAAUAAGAAACAGCAAACAGAAAGUGUUCAGCAGCAACUUGAACUCAAACGUAAGGAUAUGACGAUUUCGCCAGUGGAGAGCAAGAAGUCCAAGCUGGAGCAGCUUUCGCAAAUUCUACCGGAAGUUACUAUCCAACCGGUGUUAUGUCGGGAACAGAAGCAGCAAGAGCAGCAACAACAGCUGUUGUUUGAUCCGAAAACAAGUUUGAUCAGUCGACAACAAAUGAAUGUGAUCAAUCAGGAGAUCAGUAUCACGCAAGUACGACCGACAACAGCGUCCCCGUCGGACACACCAUCAGUAAGUGAUAAGCUCAAAGACAUUCUGGGCAAAACCACCAACUCGCCAGGCGGAUCCUCGGAUUGCGAGAUUAUUGAGCACCGUCCGGAACUGAUAAUCGUCAACGAGAACUCGAACUCCAGUCAAGACGUCGUCAUUAUAGAAGAGGUGACGCCUCAAAACAAAGUGACUGAUAUCAAGGUGCCAAAGAAACGAGGUAGACCGCGAAGAAAUCCGCAACAACAGUUGCACGCGCAAAUGUUACUGGCCAGAGAUCCAUUGGCCUUAGACGCGCAACAAGUCCCUCCUCAACCGCUCGAACAUAGAGAAAAUGAAAGACCUAAAAGAACCUGUAGAAAUCAGAAGAGUUACGCUCCACCUAAACGAGGCAGAGGAGGCAGAGGUCGUGGUAAACGAAAAUUGGAUAAUGUGCAGCCUCAUAUUGGAAAAAAGUCUCGUAUAGAACAAGACUUGUCAGCUAUAGAGGCAUCGACGAUGGCUGUCAUUACCAUCGAUACACCAGUGCAACAAGAACCGCUCGACAAAUCGUCGGAAUUAUACAAGGCACUGAAACAGCCGCCUAUAGAUCGUAAGAGCAUGAAUCCCGUGUGUAAGAUUGAAAAGCACGUUUUAUUAACAAAUCGCAAAGAAACGGGAAAGAAGGAUGUCUCUUGUAAGGUCGCGGAUUCCGAUAUCGCGCAAUUGGAUCCUGAUAGAUCGCCGAGCGCUCAAGAGGAUCAAUCGAAAAUGUCCGCGAAUCAAAUAAAUCCGUUGGGUUCGAAAAUCACCGAUAAGAAGUCGGUUGUGGAAAUCGUAUCAGAGAAAACACAAAAGACGACAGCGAAGCAGUAUGCCGAGAAUAAGAAUAAAGUAUCGGAUGGAUCAGGCAGAGGAUCCGAGAUUAAAGAGAUACCUGUACCACCUGGGCAUUCAAACUGGUUGACGCCGACGUCAACGAAGAAACAAGCAGACGCAACGAUCAGAGGUGAAACGGUAUCGACAGUCCAAGUGAUCGACGAGGAAACAAGAAUGAGUGCUGAAUCCGGUUCAAGGUCUCAGACACCGGCUAGAAAUAUACCAGCACCCGCUUCAGAGACGACAAUAAAUGAGGAAUCGCAAGGUAGUGUUCUGAGCACCGCUACAACAGAAUCGGAAAAAGUCAAAGUGAAGAACCGAAGAAUGGAAAUUAAUUUUGAUCCCGAUGAAGGACCUUUCACUGUUGACAAAAUAGCAGAAUACGAAUGGCCAUUGGAUCGAAAGGGCGAAACCUUUAUGAUACAGGAACAGAUCUCGCAAUAUCUCGGAGUGAAGUCUUUUAAACGCAAAUAUCCCGAUCUCAAACGUAGAGUAGUUGAUAUGGAAGAGAGAAAUUAUUUGAGAGAAAAUGGAUUGGUUAGUGAAUCAAUGUGUGACAUGGGAUUAACUGCGGUGUGUAGCUCGGAAGUACUGGAUAUUAUGUGCAGCGACUUUCCCGAUCAGUACGAGGAAUAUCGCAAGCAUAUGCGAGAGAAGCAAGUCAAAGAACAUUCCAAGAAGCAGAAAGAACUGACCGCCGCGGCAAACGCGGAAAGAAAUAGAAUAGAUCUUGCGGAAAUGGCGGUACAGUCCGCGUUAUCGUGGAACAUGAGUUUAAAUAAAGCCCGUAGGGAGAAUCGAAAGUGUUGUUUAGAUUUACAGACUUUUACGAUCCACGUGCCAAAGAAGCAACAGAAAGUUGAUCCGGAACACAAAGUGGGUCAUUAUCCUGUAGCGCUGAUACCUGGUCAAUAUACCGAUUAUUAUCGGGAGUACACGCCUGCGGAAUUGAGAUAUUAUCCGUUAAAUACGGUCUUGUACGGACCCACGCGGCCUAACGAACGUAAAUUCGAUAGUCAGUCCGAAGGUUCUCAAAGUGAUAGCGAUAGCGAAUCGUCCUCUGACGACUCGAGUUCGUCCUCCAGCGAAGGUACGCAAGACACAGAAGAAUCUCAAUCGACCAUGGACGACGUAGACAUGGAAAUCUCAAACUCAAAAGACAAUGUAAAGUUCAAAUGCAAGAUGUGCUUGAAAGUUCUGAACAAACACAACAUGUCCGAAAUAUUAAUCCAAUGUGGUACUUGCAAUGGAAACGUCCAUCCAUCCUGUAUAGAUUUAACAUUGGAUAUGGUUCCGCACAUUCAAUCGUAUGCAUGGCAGUGCACCGAUUGCAAAACAUGCGCACAAUGUCACGAUCCUGCGGAUGAAGACAAAAUGCUUUUCUGUGAUAUGUGCGAUCGUGGGUAUCAUAUUUAUUGUGUCGGUUUGCGACGAGUGCCACAAGGCAGGUGGCAUUGUCAAGAAUGCGCUGUAUGCGCGAACUGCGGGUCAAGGGAACCCGGUGGUGCUAAUUCAGACAGGAACAGUGUUGCGCAAUGGCAGCACGAAUAUAAAAAAGGUGAAAAAAAUACCAGAGUGUAUGUUUCAACGCUUUGUGUACCGUGUUCAAAGCUCUGGCGAAAGGGUCGCUAUUGCCCGCACUGCAGUCGCUGUCAUACUGCCCAAAGGCUCGACCUGGAAGUGAAUCUAGUGCAUUGCAGCGCAUGUGACAAGUAUCUGCACUUAGAAUGCGUGGAGACCAAGGGAGUAGUAAUAGACAAGAAAAAUUAUCAGUGUGAUUUCUGUACACCGUCGAGUCGCCAUCAAAUGACAAAGUCUUUAGUAUCGAGAAUGCUCAAAACAUGAACAUUAUCAUUAUAGUAAUGUCACACCAAGAAAACAAUAUCGAGCUAUAUGGCAUGUGUCAAUGUGUGCCGGUGCAGUGUAGUGCCCAAAAAUUUUAAAUGUUUCAACACAGUUCGAAUAAUUUUCGACUUUUCUUUUUUUAACUACUUGACAUUUAUGACGAAUUAUGUUAGGCAAAGAAGAAAUAUAAGCAACCAUUACGAAGUUAUUAAAAAUAGUUCGAACAGUCGGAAACCGUCCAAGCUAGCCGUUUUAAUGGUUCCGCUUUCAAACUGUUCAAAUAACUCAAGCGAUUUGUUUAAGACUAUUGUAUAAUCCUAAUGUAAUAUAUUAUGUUAAAAUAGCUAAGUUUCUUAUGUAUGGAAUAUACAAGAGAUUUUUCUCUCGAGUACUUUCGUGACAUGUAUAUAUAACGCUUCAUAGGAUGACUAUUCCGUGAAUGUUUACUAUUUACGAUUCAGAUUAUAGCAAGUUUGCAACAAACACUAUCUUAAAAAAAGGUUGUAUGUUUAUCCCGUUUACGAAAAAAAAACUCUUGUCAAAAUUAUUAAAUAUAUAGAAUGUGUAUUAAAAGUCGUGUACUUUUCCUAAUUGUAACUUCUUUUAGAAAUAUUUGAUUUUUUACAUAUCGUGAGUUUUUCAAAUCACGCCUUUUUUAACUUUUGCAUUUAUACGAUGUUACAAUUUUGUUAGAUAAAAAUUAAUAUUUAAUAAUAUAAAAAUAAAAGAUAUUAAAACAU